AUGCUAUGCAAAGCGUUUGAUCGAAAACGUCAAAAAUAGUCCCGUAAUUUCGAACAUUGCCAACUGUCACCGCAGUUUCCGGUUCUAGUACUCCCCUUAGAAUUACUGACAUCAAACUCUCUUUUCCGGCUGUCAUUUACACCAAGGAGAAACGAUGGCUCCGCGAUACGAAAUCUGCGUCGGCCUGAACAAAGGCCACAAGACGACCAAAAUAAAGCAGCUGCAGUACCGUGGCGACCGCAAGGCCAAAGGAAUCCGGCCAUCCCGUACGAAGGGUAUCCAAACUAAGCACACCAAAUUUGUGCGCGAUUUGGUACGUGAAGUCGUUGGCCAUGCUCCGUACGAGAAGCGCGGCAUGGAAUUGUUGAAGGUGUCUAAGGAUAAGCGCGCCCUUAAAUUCCUGAAGCGUCGUCUGGGAACGCACAUCCGUGCCAAGAGGAAGCGUGAGGAACUGUCCAACAUCCUGGCCCAUAUGCGUAAGGCCGCUCACAAGUAAGCGGUCUGAGUUCCGUUUUCUGUUUGUAUAAGGCUUACAAAUAUUCCCCUAAGAUAACACAUUGGUGAAAAUAUAAAAAAAAAAUCAUAAAACGUA